GUCGCAUCAAAAGUUUCGGUUAUUCAAUUUUUGUUUGUUUCUUUGUUUGGUGAAUCAUUCCAACAACCAAACCAACCAAACAUAGUACAAGACACAGAACACUGAAACAUCAUAAACAUCUUCAUAAAAAAAAAAACCAUAUUUUAAGAUUACCGCAUUUUCCAAUUUUCCUGGAAAGUCAAUACCAAAACAAAUCUGGGCGGAGAAAUAGAUGCAAAGUGAAUCAAUUGAUUAUCAUGCAUACUUUUCUUCCUCUUUCCACUUUCAUAUUUAAACCCUCUUUUAUUCAUGAACACAUUAAAUACAAACAACACUUCAUAGUUAAUACCAAUGGAAACUUUCUCUCUUGAUCAGUUUCAAUCCUUUUCCUUUUUUGGUUCUUCUUCAUUUCAAAGAAAAAACUGUUUUUUUAUAUCAAAGUUGAGAAAUUGGAGCAAACCCAUUUCUCAUAUUUGUUAUUGUUCUUCAAUGGAACAAGGGUUGCGUACAAAACCAAAGAAAAAAGUUGGGUUUGAGGAAAAAGAACAUGUUUUUUAUGAACCUCAUGUAAUGAAACAGGGAUUGUUAUCCCCUACUGGACUUUGUAGUCAGAUUGAGAAGUUGGUUUUGAGUAGAAAGUAUAUGGAUGCAAUGGAAUUGUUUGAAAUUUUGGAACUUGAAUAUGAUGAUGGUUGUUUUAUUGGUGCUAGUACUUAUGAUGCUUUGAUUAGUGCUUGUAUUGGUUUGAGAUCGGUUAGAUGUGUUAAGAGGGUGUUUAAUUAUAUGAUUAAUAGUGGGUUUGAGCUUGAUUUGUAUAUGAUGAAUAGGGUUUUGUUUAUGCAUGUGAGAUGUUUUCUUAUGAUUGAUGCGCGUAAGCUGUUUGAUGAUAUGUCUGAGAGAGAUCUGUCUUCUUGGAUGACCAUGAUCGGCGGAUUAGUGGACUCAGGGAACUACUCUGAGGCUUUUGAGUUGUUUUUGUGUAUGUGGGAAGAGGUUAAUGAUGGAAAAUCUCGCACUUUUGCCACCAUGGUUCGUGCGUCGGCUGGAUUGGGUCAUAUUGAGGUUGGAAGGCAAAUUCAUACUUGUCUUUUGAAAAAGGGAGUGAAUGGAGAUCCGUUUGUAGAUUGUGCAUUGAUUGACAUGUACUGCAAGUGCGGUAGCAUUGAAGAUGCUCAAUGUGUUUUCGAUCAGAUGCCGCAGAAGACAACUGUUGGAUGGAACACCAUUAUUGCUGGAUAUGCACUUCGUGGUUAUAGUGAGGAAGCUCUUGGUAUAUACUACGAGAUGCGUGAUAGUGGUGCUAAAAUAGAUCAUUUUACUAUUUCAAUAGUGAUAAGAAUUUGUGCAAGAUUGGCAUUGUCAGAACACGCGAAACAAGCUCACGCUGCAUUAGUUCGUCACGGUUUUGGCACGGAUUUGGUUGCAAACUCGGCGCUUGUUGACUUCUAUAGCAAAUGGGGAAGGAUGGAAGAUGCUCGACAUGUUUUUGACAAGAUGCACCGCAAGAAUGUCAUAUCUUGGAAUGCAUUGAUUGGUGGAUAUGGUAAUCAUGGUCAGGGAGAAGAGGCGAUAAAAAUGUUCGAGAAAAUGCUUCAAGAAAGGAUGGCUCCCAACCAUGUAACUUUCCUUGCUGUCUUAUCCGCUUGUAGCUAUUCAGGGUUAUCAGAACGAGGUUGGGAGAUUUUUGAGUCUAUGUUUAGAGAUCACAAGAUUAAACCCCGAGCAAUGCAUUAUGCAUGUAUGAUUGAACUAUUAGGUCGAGAGGGGUUAUUAGACGAAGCUUUUGCAUUAUUAAGAAGUGCUCCUUUCAAACCAACCUUAAAUAUGUGGGCAGCAUUGCUGACAGCAUGCAGAAUGCACGAGAAUUUUGAACUUGGGAAGUUUGCAGCUGAAAAGCUUUACGGUAUGGAGCCUGAGAAGCUCGGCAAUUAUGUUGUGCUUCUUAAUAUAUAUAACAGUUCUGGCAAAUUGAAGGAAGCUGCUGGUGUUUUGCAAACCUUAAAGAAAAAGGGUUUAAGAAUGCUUCAGGCAUGUACAUGGGUCGAUGUCAAGAAACAGCCAUAUGCCUUUGUUUGCGGAGACAAAUCUCACAAACAAACAAAAGAAAUAUACCAAAAAGUGGACAACCUGAUGGUGGAGAUAUCAAGACAUGGUUAUGUUAUGGAGAAGGAAAUGCUUCCUGACGUGGAUGAAGAGGAACAACGCAUUCUAAAGUAUCAUAGUGAAAAGCUGGCGAUAGCUUUUGGUAUCAUCAACUCUCCGAAUUGGUUACCUUUGCAAAUUAUACAGAGGCAUCGUGUUUGUGGUGACUGCCAUAACGCAAUCAAACUCAUAGCCUUGGUUACAGGACGGGAAAUUGUGUUAAGAGAUGCUAGUAGAUUUCACCAUUUUAAAAAUGGUCGUUGUUCUUGUGGUGAUUAUUGGUGAUGACAAAAUUGUGUCAUUCAAGCCAUAGAUUUGUUAACUGAUUAGUUUUUUGUUAACUUUCCUCCUUCCUUUUACUCCCAAACUUAGCCUCACUUUUUUUAAUAGGAUACAAUUCUACACUGCACCUUUUACUGUUUUGCCUUUUGAUAUUAUUGUUUUUUGUCUCAUUUUUUGGCUGAGGUAUAGGAUGAAGGUGCAAUAAAAAUGUAUUACUAGAUUAUAAAGAGAUUAAUAAAUACAAUCGAAGAAGUCUUCAAUUUUC